AUAAAAAGGCAAAGACCGAUUCCGGUUAAAUUUGUUCUUGCCUUAGGUAAUUCAAGGUGGGCCCUAAUACACAAGAUAAAAGAAUUGUCUGUUAAUAAAACUUUAAGGUCGAAAAUUUUGAUUUAUUGAAAAAUGGCAGCAAAGAUAAUUUAUGUGCUUACGCUUUUACCGGUGUGUCUGGGUAUUCCCGGUGUUGUUGACCUUUCGCAGUCGUUGAUGGAUAAAGCUCGUUAUCCCGAAAUUAAAGGAUGCUAUAGAAUUGAGGCUCUUAUUCUGACAAUGCAAAACCCCCGAGGAACAACGCGCAACUGGAUGCCAUGUGAUUUAGUUCCCGGAAGUUGCAAUCCGAAAAUUACCGGAGCUAUUGACUACCAAACCCCAAACAAUGAUUUUGGUAAAGAUUCCGUUCCGUACAGCCGGUUUUCUACGUUAUGGGACGGUGGGUCGACGAAAAAUGUGGAUGUCAAUCAAAUUAUGAGCAAGGAUGUCUGCAACCACAGCACUUGGAAAGUUAAUGUGCGCAUUCGUGCCGUCGAUAAAGAUGUAAUCAGCGACGACAGUAUUGACCACUGGAGCUGUUUCAUUUACACAACUGACGCCCCGGCUUCCAGCGAGCAGAAUGCCCACUGGAGCGAUGAGAAAACAUGCACAGGACACAACAGUGCUCACAAGAUUACCUGGAAAUACCGAUGGUUUUAUGUGCCGUGCUCAUCCUGCAAAGAAGUCGCCGGAAGUAGUGGUAUACUAAGACGAUAUACGCCACUAAUUGGUUGAUGAUCAAAUGUACAUAAUAAAUCUACUGUAUUGUACGACUGUGCUGUACUUCAAGCGCGUCUAUAAAGCAUACCGUUGAGCAUGGUUUAACAAAAAGUAUACUAAACUAUAAAAAAGUCUAAAUAGAUAUUUUUAGUGGAUUUACACGAGUAAUACAACCGUUUCGGGAGGGAUAAAUCUGUUGGCAUGCAUAAUUUUGCGAUUUUGUGAAGGUUGGUUACAAUUUUAAUGUUUCAACUGGCGCUUACCAUUAGACUGCGCAAAGGUCACCGACACCUCAAAAUUUUGCAUGCAAGAGAACUUACCAUAAAUCCUGAUUAUUGUCAAACAGAAU